UGUGUGAGGAGUAAACCCACACAAGCACAGGGAGAACAUGCAGGCUCCACAGAGAUGUUCCAGCUGAGAAUCAAAGCUGCACCUCCUGACAGUGAGGCUGAUCAUUGGUCCACCCUGCUUCACUGUGUCUCCUCAUCCCCGGUGUACAGUGGGCAGAAUGUUCCAGCUCCCCGUCAACAACCUGGGUAGUCUGCGCAAAGCUCGUAAAAAUGUCAAGAGAGUCCUGGGAGACAUUGGCCUGGAGUACUGCAAAGACCACCUCCAGGACUUUAAGGACUACACGCCGCCAGAAGUGUAUAUAAAGCACACCUCCUGGGAAGAUGUGUGCAUGUGGGAGCCAUCGCACACCAAAUUCCAAGACUACCGCUCCAAACCUUUCUGCUGCUCCGGCUGCCUCUUCUCGUCCAAAUACUUCUCCGCAUACAAGAGCCACUUCCGCAAUGUCCACAGCGAAGACUUUGAGAACAACAUCCUGCUCAACUGUCCCUACUGCACGUACAACAGCAACAAGAAGACGCUGGAGACACACAUCAAACUCUUCCACAUGCCCAGCAACACUGUGCGCCAGGGGCCCAGCGCCGGUGGCCUCAUGAUGAAGGAUGGCCUCCUGAAGAGGCCGGGAGACAGCGUGGAGCAGGCAGUGUAUUACUGUAAGAAAUGCACUUACCGGGACCCUUUGUACAACGUGGUGCGAAAGCACAUCUACAGAGAACACUUCCAGCAGGUGGCGCAGCCGUACAUCGCAAAACCCGGAGAGAAGGCCCAAAAUGGCGGCACCGCGGGAAAACCCGAGGGGAGCAACACAAACAACGUGAACAGUCAUCAGAUCCACUGCAAGAAGUGUCUGUUUGUCCCCAGAACCUACGAGGCACUUGUCCAACAUGUCAUCGAGGACCACGAGAGGAUCGGCUACCAGGUGACGGCCAUGAUAGGCCACACCAGCGUGAUCGUCCCCCGUCCCAAACCCAUCCUCCUGAUACCCCCGAAAACCCAAGGAGACAAGACCAUCAUUGGGAUGGGUCCAAAGGGGGCUGUCAUGGCCACCACCAGGCCUUCAGCUUCCCAGCAGCUGGUCCGAGUCGCCUCAGCAUCAAAGCCCACCUUCAGUCCUCAGAGUCUCCUCUCAGGCAUUAAACACGAGUCAGUGGGCUUCAAGUCAGGGACCAACCAGCCCUUUUCCUUUGGAGGCCUACAAGGGAAGGUCAUCUUACCAGGGAACGCCCAGGUUUCUCAGCAGCCUCACUCUGCAAAGCAUCCGUUCUCCGGAGGCAGCCUACGGAGCCCGGUGGUGGUCAGCGCCGUGUCAUCCCUCAAGUCCAGCCCCCUUGGCGCUCGGGUUCAGGCAGCCGCCACCACCGUAGCCUCGGUUACAGCCAAGAAAGGCGCCCCCUCGGUCCUGGGCCCAUCUUUCACGCAGAAGUGGAAGAUCUGCACCAUUUGCAAUGAGCUCUUCCCAGAGAACGUGUACAGCUCUCACUUUGAGAAGGAGCACAAAGCGGAGAAGGUGCCCGCCGUGGCCAACUACAUCAUGAAGAUCCACAACUUCACCAGCAAGUGUCUCUACUGCAACCGCUACCUGCCCAGCGACACCUUGUUGAACCACAUGCUCAUCCACGGCCUGUCCUGCCCACACUGCCGUGCCACCUUCAACGACGUGGAGAAGAUGGUGGCACACAUGCGCCUGUCGCACCCGGACGAGGCGGUGGGCCCUCGCACCGACUCCCCGUUGACUUUCGACCUGACACUGCAGCAGGGCAACCCGAAGAACGUUCAGCUGAUCGUGACUACCUACAACAUGAAAGAUGCCCCGGAGGAGUCGGUGGCUUUUCACGCACAAAACCACACGGCCAUUCCGCCUUCGCUGUCCGCCUCCCUGCUGUCCACCAAAAGGUUGUUAUCGCAGCACCCUUCCAAACCAGUGGAUCCAGUCAAGAAUGUCCCAGCAGCUGCUGUACCGUACAAGAGGGACAUAGGAAAGACCCUUUGUCCCCUUUGCUUCUCCAUCCUCAAAGGUCCCAUCUCGGACUCCUUGGCUCACCACCUAAAGGAGAGGCACCAAGUCAUCCAGACGGUACACCCGGUGGAAAAGAAGCUGACCUACAAGUGUAUUCACUGCCUGGGCGUGUACACCAGCAACAUGACGGCCUCCACCAUCACCUUACAUCUCGUCCACUGUCGAGGCGUAGGGAAACCUCACAACGGCCAGGAUAGGUCCGCUCAUGCCUCACGAACCGGCCAGGCCGUCAAACGGACCGGCUUCGACAGCUCCGACACAAGUGCGCCAAAAAGGCGGCGGGGACCUCCCGGAGAGAGGGCGCACCCGAGAGAUAUGAACACUCAAUUUGAGGAAAACCCAGACGAACCCGUCUCUCUAGCGUUGGACCCCAAGGGACUGGAAAACGAGUCAUACGAGUCGAGGAAGGCAUUCCUGACCCGCUACUUCAACCGAGCGCCGUACGCCACUCAGCAGGAGGUGGAGAAGCUGGCGGCCGCGCUCUGGCUGUGGAAGUCAGACGUCUCCGGUCACUUCGUCAACACUCGCAGGAAAUGCGCGCAGGAGUGCGAAAGCCUGCGCCCUGGCGUCCUGCUCGGGUUCAGCAUGGAGGAAGCGGGCCAGGUGAGCCACGAGCUGGCGUUAGAUGGGGGUGUGUUUGACGCCAGACCCAGCAAAAGGAGGACGACCAGGAACCGCUUGGGGCUGUCGGAACUAGCCCGCCAGAGACGGAAGGAGGCAACGGCGAGCGGUGACGCCGACUCCUUAAAAGCCAAAUGUACCACCCAAACCAAGACAAUCAACUGCACCUCGCCGCUGAAAACACCCCUCGUACUUUCCGAGCCCAUCGCCAUCGACUCGGACAGUGAGGACGAGUCCGUGCAAACGCUCUGUCUUCAUGUCGACGUCCAGCGUCUGGGUGCUGAGGAGAGAACGGUGGAAGUUAAGAAGAUUUCUGAUUUGGAGGACAUGUCAGACGAGGACGAUGACGAGGAGGAUGAGGAGGAUGAGGAAGGGGAGCGCUUGGAGAACGGCUUUGAUUUGGCAGAGAGCUCAAGAGGACAGGCGUCCCUGCCCAUUAUCAUCCCCAAAUUCAUCCCCUCGUCCGCCAGGCGGGGCGGCAAGCAGCAGGUGUGACCUCUGACCUCUUUUAGACCGUACCAACACAUCUGCCUCACCUGGACUCCACAAGGACCAUGUUUGAAAGCAGGAGCUCAGAACAAGCCAUCCAAUCACAAUGACGUGAGACCACAGCGGCACACGAAGAGGAAGGUGAAGCAAACUAGCAGGAAAAAAGCAUCCUGAGAUGUGCUGAACACCUCGUCAUCUUCAUCUUCAUCAUAGGGUGUUGAUUCUUUUUGUCAUUUUAAGGAACUACCUGAAGUCUUCUGUUACCCCCACACACCACUGGAUGGUAACAACACACUGAACUUUUUAGCCUGUAUUUGUUGUGCACUUUUAUUUGACAUCAACAAUAAAGUGCUGUCAUUGUUUCUUACUGAAAAAA